CAAAACUUAUAUGAAACUCUCGGAGUUCAACUUGGUGCCACCGAAAGCGAUAUCAAGAGAGCCUAUCGAAAAUUAGCGAGAAAGUACCAUCCGGAUAAAAACAAGGAAAAGGAUGCUGAACAAAAGUUCAACGAAAUUUCAUUCGCUUAUGAGUGUCUUUCCGUUCCUGAAAAGAGAAGGUUGUACGACGCCCAAGGCAUCAAGGCAUGCACUUCAGGGGGAGAAGGAGGAGAUAACUUCGACGGAUUUGGCUUUCCUGACAUUUUUAACAUGUUUGGCGGCGGUAAUAUGCACAAACAUGAAACCGUUAAUCGUGGUCAUGACAUAUCUAUCGAAUUCUUCGUCUCUCUGGAGGAAGUUUAUAAUGGAGCUUUCGUUGAGACAGUUCGCUCGAAAUCAAUCAAGAAAUCGAAACCUGGAACCCGUGAAUGCAAUUGCAGGAUGGAAAUGAAAACUCACCAUCUCGGCCCGGGUAGAUUUCAGAUGGUUCAACAACGAGUCUGCAGUCAAUGUCCCAACUUCGAAUUUGUUCUCGAAGAUCGUCCAAUCGAACUUGAAGUUGAGCGCGGAAUGCCUGAUGGUCAUCAUUAUAAAUUCCGUGGUGAAGGCGAACCUCAUGCGGAGGGCGAAAAUGGAGACUUAACCUUUAUCCUCAGGACGAAAAGACAUCCCGUGUUUGAAAGACGUGAGGAUGAUCUCUUCACAAAUGUCACAAUCAGUCUUGCUGACGCUCUGACUGGAUUCUCUUUCGACAUCACGCAUUUAGAUGGUCACAAAGUCACUUUGAAGCGAGACAAGGUGACAUGGCCUGGAGCUGUAAUGCGGAUAGCCAAUGAAGGAAUGCCCCUGUUUGAAGACGAUACUCGUCGAGGGACUCUAAUAGUGACCUUUGAUGUCGCCUUCCCUCGGGAUCAAACGCUGAGUUCCAGCGAAGCGGAGGCAAUUAAGAGUAUCUUCGGUGAGUCCACAAAAACCUCCAAAGAGACAGCAAUUAGCGGAGUGCCAGAAAAAUCUCCUAAGGGUCUCAGUGAAGGAAAGACUGCACCGAUUAUUUACAAUGGUUUUAACACACAGAGUGCUGCUCAGAAACAUCUGUCUAAUAUCUUGAAGUAG